AUGGAAGUCCGCAAGAAGGAGACAAUGGACACAAGCGACGACUUGUUCUUCGAGAUCGUUCCGAGCGCUGACAAGAAGGAUGAGUCUUCCAGUAUUUUUUACUCGCAUCGCCAGAUAUCAGAAUUAAACAGCAACACCAGCCCAAGCAGACUCCAGUCGCCUGCGCCAAGCGAGGGUAUUGUCAUUAACAUGGUCAACAAAGGUACUAUCAACCUUGUUGGAAGUAUAAAACUUAACACUGUCGGUGAUGAUGUUGUUCCCAAUCUUUCUAAAAACUCAAAGUCACAUAACAGUCAGUCGUGUGAAAAGUUAUCCCCAAUACCAAGAAAAAGAGAUUUUACACACUCGUCGUCGAAGAAGUGGCUUGAGGCGCUCACUGUCGAGUCGGAUUCUGAGAUUACAACAGAAAGAACCGGGACAGGAGAUUCGUUUGAGAAUUACCUGGUUGAGAGGGUGCCUCUCAAAAAUCGUCAUUUGAAAAAAUUGAAAGAGUGGACGGGCGCACAUAAAUUCAAAAUUGUGAUGAACAGUGAAAUCGAUGGGUUCUCGCCCGAUGUAUUAACACGGCGAGUUGAAGGAAAGAAGAAUAUUAUGUUACUAUGUGUGAGUGAAGCGGGGUGGGUCUUUGGGUGUUUCACAACUACUGCUGUUUCUAACAACCAAAAGACACACAGCCCAAAUGAUAAGAACUUCUUUGUCUUCUCGUUAGUCAAUCCACACCAUACAACCGCGAUUAAAAUCACACCAAAACAAAUUGAGCCUUCAAAACUUACUAUUUUCCCCUCAGAGAGUCAUUGGAUCUUUGCUGUUCAAGAUGCGUUUUACAUAUCAGUUUUUCCCAAUCAAUCGUACAUCGAUAAGAACAUCGAACAGACAUUUAGAAUCCCUUCAAUUGUGGGAAAGGAAUUGCUCACUGGAAAUUGUGCUCCGGACACAUUCACUACGACCAAGAUGUAUGCUCUUGAGUGGGUAUGA